AUGGCUUUUGUGUCCUCAGAUCUCCAGAGCAAAGGGGAUGUCUUUGGUGAUGUCUUCUGGAAAGAAACAACUCUUGCCCAGUCGUGUGCGAAUGUAAGGGCUUUGACUUACUGUGACCUUCAUGUUAUUAAAAGGGAUGCCUUACAGAAAGUGCUGGAGUUCUACACAGCCUUUUCACAUUCUUUCUCCAGGAAUCUCAUCCUGACCUACAAUUUGCGAAAAAGGAUUGUAUUCCGGAAGAUCAGUGAUGUAAAACGAGAAGAAGAAGAGAGAAUGAAAAGGAAGAAUGAAGCCCCUUUGGUCUUGCCACCUGACCAUCCAGUCCGUCGGCUUUUCCAAAGAUUUCGGCAGCAGAAGGAAGCCCGACUAGCUGCAGAAAGAGGAGGCAGAGAAGAUCUUGAUGUUGAAAGGGGCAACAUUUUAGGAGAUCACACUUCCCACACAGUUGUCAAAGCCAGCAUUGUCACUGUAAGGGAAAGCCCUGCAACUCCAGUUGCCUAUCAGUCUGCUUCAACAUCAGGUAUCGGUAUAUCUGAUCAGGCGAAACUACAAGCUCCAGUUUCAGACUACGUUGGUGGGAAAGUAGCAGGAGAUUUUCCAAAGCGUAAAGGCUGGGCAAAAUUCAAAGAUGCUUGUGCCAAGGGAGAGGACUGGAACAAGGUUUCCAAAGCUGAAUCCAUGGAAACAUUGCCAGAAAGAACAAAAGCAACAGGUGAAGCUACUUUGAAGAAGACAGACUCUUGUGACAGUGGCAUCACAAAAAGUGACCUGCGCUUGGACAAUGUGGGGGAAACACGAAGUCCUCAGGAUCGAAGUCCCAUCCUUGCAGAAGUCAAACACUCUUUCUACCCUAUCCCUGAACAGACUCUCCAGGCAACUAUGCUGGAAGUGAAACAUGAAUUGAAGGAGGACAUCAAAGCUUUAAAUACAAAAAUGACCAAUAUAGAAAAACAGCUUGCUGAUAUAUUAAGGAUAUUAGCCUCUCGAAGAAGUUCUCAGACACCACAGGAGCUAUAUGAGAUAUCAAGACCCCAAUCUCCAGAAUCAGAAAAAGAUAUGUUUGGAGCAAGCUGAGUGGUUCUUUAAACUAGAGUGAUUUGAAUAUUCCUAAAAACACUAUCCAACACCCACUUAAUGUGUUUGAGGAAGUGAACAUUUAAUCUUUUUUUUGAUGAUCAUGAUUUGAGGGGCCAGCUUGUUAACCAUGCCCCUCUCUCUUAAUGGUACAGUGACAAGAAUUGCAACCUCAUGUCAAGAUGGCAGCUGACUCUGAAGUCUUUUUUGACAGCAAGGGUACAGUUUAUAAUGUUUUUCCUACUUCAUUCAUGCAUCGUUUUCCACUCAAAGUUAUUUUUGACAAAAACAAAACUAGUGAACUGAAGUUCAAGCAUUAGCUUCAUAUACAAUAUUUACUGAAUUUGUAGAAUCUCUUCAAAUGGAAUGUGUAAGACCCAAUUAUCCCUGAUCAUAAGAUAAUCCCUAUAGAAGGGCUCCUCAAAAAAAUGAAGACUCUUUGUGAAAACAUUGAUCCUUAUUGAGUGGGAAGAUUCACGUGGCUCUCUCAUGUGAGAUGUUAUUGUGUAUGUGUGGUGGAAGAGAUCUCCUCCACUCCUCUUUAAAAAUACUUAAAUUUUAGGCAAUUGGAUCAGGGAAGUUCAAUUGUGUCCUUUCCAAAUUUCAGGUUGCAAAAAUGUAUUUACAUUUCUUUAAUUUAUUGGUGGGUAGCUGAAUAAAUUCAUCCCUACCUUCAUCAGAAUUUUUAGGAAUUCCUGUUGUAGUAACCAAGAAAAGACCCAGAAAUGAGAUGACAUUUAUGGAAUUUGUUACCAAGAAUUUUAGUUUUUAAUUUCAGCUAUGAUUCAUAGCAGGCAUUAUCACUUACCACAUAGUUGGUAAUAUCUCUUUACAAAAAUAGCAUACAAAUUAACCAAGGAGCUCAGCUGUCCAAAGUAUUGAAGCUUUUUGAAACAAAAGCUUCUACUUAGAGUGGUAUUAAUGACAAGAAAAAUGGCCUUCUUGCUCACACUAAAUAUUUAUCACAUUUUGUAUUUACUUC